AUGGCCACCAUCCCACCAUCCAGCCCAACGGCCAGCCCAUCAUCCAGCCCAACAUCCAUCUCUCCAUCCAGCCCAACGGCCAGGCCACCAUCCAGCCCAACCUCCAGCCCAACAUCCAUGUCUCCAUCCAGCGCACCAUCUAGCCCAACAUCCAACCCAACAUCCAUCUCUCUGUCCAACCCAACGGCCAACCCACCAUCCAGCCCAACGUCCAUCCCACCAUCCAGCCCAACGGCCAGCCCAACAUCCACGUCUCCAUCCAGCCCAACAUCCAGCUCAACAUCCAUUGUUCCAUCUCUCCAUUGUUUCCUCCAUCCAUCCAAUGUCCAUCUCUCCAACUCUUUCUCCAUCCGUCCCUCCACCCAUCUCUCCAUCCUUCCCUCCAUCCAUUCCUCUAUCCGUGUCUCCAUCCAUGCCUCCGUCCUUCCCUCCAUCCAUCCCAAUGGCCAGCCCAACG